AUGAUCGCACGGUGCCGUGCUAAAUGCUGGAUUGUUCAACUUAAAGAAGAAAAUUCAGAUAUUCAACUUCCAACAGCUCAGCGAGGAAUUAAGGGUCAUAUCAUUGUGUAUCCUCAGCGCCCUGAGAAUAUUGCUUCGGUCCUUCCUCCAUCCAUUGAAGAUAUCAUAACACCAAUAUGUGUAAUAUUUGUAGGAUCUAAACCACCUACGGAUGAAUGGUUACGUGAGAAAGCCAAGCCUUUAUCUGUUCGUCGUGAAAAGGUUCGAUCGGCACUCAUGUGGCUAAAAUCUCAUAAUCCUCUGUAUAAGGAUGUCGAAAUAGAUCAUAAUGUAUUAAACUCUUUGGAGAAUGAACAGAUCUUGCCAUUCCACAUUGAGCAUGUUCUUCCCAGUAAUGCUUCAGACUCUUUGACUUCACAAUAUGAUGCGGCGGAUGCUCUGGCUGCUAAUGCCGCUACAAGCUCAACAACUACAGACACAACAGCUGUUAUCACUGAUGUUGAUGGCAAUGCUCCUUCAAAUCAAUUACGUGCUGCUGCUCUUCGGCAUGUUAAAAAACAAGGUGGUGCAUAUGUUGAGAUUCCGCAUGACACUGAACCGAUGAAUGAGUUCAACAACCCGUCACUUUUUCCCAUGAUCUAUCCAACAUUAUUUCCUUAUGGAAUUGGAGGCUUUGAGGAUAAAUCACGUCACACAAAACUGUCUAUGAAGCGUCAGGUCAAACAU